AUUUUCAAAAUUUUUUUUUAAAAAUGCUUUUUUUUUAAUUUUAAAUUGAGGAAUGGAAGGGAAAGGGAACGCAGUCUUUGUAAGCGAAUACAAAAGGCUAGUGAGUUUGCUAAGCUUGGAAAAGAACGCACAGAAAAAUUGGGAUCGUUUUUACAAAAGAAAUUCUUCCAACUUUUUUAAAGAUAGAAAUUGGACUAGGAAAGAAAUUGAACUUUUAUGUGAGGAUAUUUCCUUAAAUGACAGUCUUUUAUUUCUCGAUGCUGGUUGCGGGUGUGGAAAUACAAUAUUCCCGUUAACCAAAUGUUUUCCUAAUUGGAAAUUUUACGGAAUAGAUUUUUCUAAAAAUGCUAUUGACUUACUUGAGAGGAGAUCAGAGGAAACAAGCGUUAAGGUAAAAGCCACUGUAUUCGAUUUAACAUCAAAAAACAUAUCAGAAUUGGAUUUUCCUCAAAUGGAUUUAAUUUCUCUAGUAUUUGUACUCUCAACAAUUUCAAAAGAAGGGCAACUUGAAGUUGUUAAAAAUAUUAGGAAAUUAUUGAAGCCGAAAGGAAGUGUAAUUGUUAGGGAUUAUGGAGCGAAUGACCAUGCAAUGACUAGAUUUGGAAGAAAUUCAAAGAUAGACGAGCGCUUUUAUGAGCUUAGCUCAUUAUUUGAGGAAUCUGGUUAUUCUACUCAUGAAUGUAAUUAUGUCCACAGGACAACAGAAAAUAUAAAAGAAGGAAUUAAUUUUGAAAGAACAUUUGUUGAGGGAAGGUUUAUCAAAAACACUGAAUAA